UGACGGAAUAGACUAGUACGAGAUCGACAAUGUGUGUUGUAGGCACCAUUUUAGGAUUUCUGAUCUUGGCUUUCCAAAACAGCAACGCAUGUGAGAAAAGAGAUGGUAUUUGUUGUCUUAAUUACUUCAGAAAAGGAAAUAUAUGCCAAGAAUGUCCGGCUGGAACAUAUGGUGUAAACUGUAGUGGAAAGUGUGUUUCUGGUUACUAUGGGAGAUUUUGUCUUGAACCCUGUAACUGCCCAAGUCACCUCUGUGAUAGAAUUAAUGGUUGCCCUAAGAACUACACGCUUCUUUAUACCAGUACAGUUCCUAAAACUCCGAAACGAUGUCGGAAUGGAAUAACUUGUGGAGAGAGAUGUAAUUGCUCAGAUGGUUCUUGUGACCUUGACUGUUUUCAAGGACUACAUGAUUCUACUCAAUCUACAAGUACAACCACGCAUGUGAAAAUGUUACCUACAGAUGAUAUUAAAUGGCAGAAGAUUUUCUUCACUCUGAUGGGAUUCAUAUUAGUGGUCCUAGUAGCAGCAGGGUUUUUAUACUACAAGUCAAGAGAAAAGAAAAGAAGCCAAGCAGGACAUUUUCAGGAAACAGAUUCCCAAGCCGACUCAGUAGAACAUAAUGAUCAAACGGUAUCAAUGGUAACUGUACAUACAACUCCGAGAACGAAUACAGAUCUAGAUACAAAUAUCUAUGCAGAUAUAAGAUCCUCUCAAAUGAUGGAAUCUCAAAGCUAUUUUUUCACCCAAAAGAAACAAUCUGUCUAUCAAAAAGGAGGGAGAGGGAACGGAUUUAGCCUAAGAAACUUCGAUCCUUCUGAAAUGGAAUGUUAUGCCAUGAACCGAUCACUCCAUCGUCAGUUUUCACACAACAAUGACGAUCCAUAUUGUUUGACAAAUGUUUGGAUUUCUGAAGAUCACCGUAGUCUAGACGACUUUGAUUCAGACUCUGAUGUCAGUUUAUCCUCCAAGCACUCCGAGGAUGCUUCUCAGAAAAAUGGAAUUCAAAUGAAAAUUCAAAUUAAUGUUAACUCUACAAUGGCUGAUAUCUAUCAUCAUAUACUUUGUCUUCAUAUUUGUGUAUGUAUUUUCACAACAGCAACAUGUGGUUUUAUUUGUGGAAACAGAUGCUGCUUGAACUAUUACCAACAUAGCAAUGGAUCGUGCUUAGACUGCCCACUUGGGACGUUUGGUGUAAAUUGCAGUGGCUUAUGUGAAGAGAGAUUCUAUGGGAGACUGUGUAAAUCGAAAUGCAACUGUUCUCCAGAAGAUUGUGACAAAGAAUAUGGUUGUAAGAAGAAGGAAUUUGCAGAUAAACAAGCUACUCUGUCACUGUCUGAUAAGACGCAAGAAAGAUUACCCUGUGCUGCUUGCGAUCAGCCAAAAGAUCAAGAUGCUCAUAACACAGCUAAAGGUAUUCCAGAAGAUACAAUGGUAGACAACCCUGUGUGGGAAAAUGUAUCGUUCGCCUUAAUCGGGUCUGUUGUAACUAUUCUAGCAGCAGUUGGACUUGUUCUUCUCUUCUCUAGAUUAAGAAAACCACACGAUGAAGACCAGCAUAAGAAUGCAACCGUUGAUGAGUCUACAAGUGAAGACGUCCAACAAUCAGAACAACCUGUGGUUAAUGCAUCUCAUCAGGGGAUACAGAAUGAAGUAAAUGAAAAUGUUUAUGCUGAUGUAAGAUCCUCCAAAAUGGUUAACGUUCAUGGUGAAGGCUUCUCAUCAAAUCCUUUGCACAUAUACUCUAAGGAUGAUGUAACUGAUGCUGUCCUUGAGAAAACAAAUGGUAAAAUGAAUAACCCACAGGACAACAAGGAUGCAACAUAUAAAGAAAAACAAACGUCAAAAAUGAAUUUACGGGAAAAUGUAUACGGAAACUUGGACGAAACCAGCCAAUACAGUUUUCUGUCCUUACGACGAAAUGUCGAUGCCUCUGAAAUGGAAAAUUAUUUUAUAAAGCAAUCAAUAAGUCAUGAUACCUCUCAAAAGGAUGAAGCUUCGUAUUGCAUAAUGAACGCUUUCGAGACAGAUAAUCAACAGAAUGAGGAUGCAUGCAAAUCAGAUUCAGAUAUUAGUUUGACCUCUGAGCCAUAUAGCAUUGCAAAGCGAAAGUACGAUGAGCCAUAACUUCUGGAGGAGAUAGGGAUAUAAAAACAAUUCAGAUAAAAUAGAAGUCAAUGAUGAUAUAAUCGGUUAUGAGUGGUCGAAGCAUCUGAUCCCUCGGAUUACGCUCAUACGAUACCUUUUGAUUUGAAAACAGAACAUUAACAAGUAAAGUAAAUUUUACCUACCGGCGUGCCUUUUGUAAUAAGCCUUACUAUAGUUAGUUUUAAUGAGCUCCUU